CAUCUGUCAUUACAUUAGGGGAAGUGAACAAGCAAGGUGACCCAAACAUGAAAAACUCGAAAAAGCGAUAAAUUCACAGUAAUGAAAAUGCUAACUAUAUGAAGCUCUAUAAUAAGAUAAUCAUCACACGGUCUAUAAACAGUACCACAGUAAACGACGAGAAGCGCACAGUUCCAAACGUGCAGUUGUCAUCGGUCCAGUGAUAAAUUAAUCAUGCCGAACGAAAACAGCGUCGACGGGACAGAUAGCGACGCGCCUUCGGAAAUACCGAACCUCCAGACACCGGACUCGCCGAGUGGCAGCCCCCCAACACAGACCUAUCUGUUGGAUAUGACACAGAUGGAACAGUGCGUAUCCAAUCUGACCCUGGCCCACGAAAUAGUGGUCAACAGAGACUUCUGCUUCAAACAGAGCACCCCUCCCAAAGACAGCUUGGAGGGAAGAGUGAAGGAGAUUGUUCACCGUGCAUUCUGGGAUAGCUUGCGGGCUCAGCUGUCACUCAGUCCUCCAGAUUACACCCAUGCAAUUACCCUCCUGCAGGAGGUGAAAGAGAUCCUGGUGUCCCUGCUCCUGCCGGGCCACACGCGGCUCCGGGCCCAGCUGGAGGAGGUCCUGGACCUGGUUCUGAUCCGGCAGCAGGCCGAGCACGGGGCCAUGGACCUGCACCGCCUCAGCGGGUACAUCGUGGGCACCAUGGCCUCCCUCUGCGCCCCCGUCCGCGACCCGGAAAUCCGAAAACUGCGGGAGCACACCGACCUGGUGCACCUGCUCAGAGAGAUCAUGCGGGUGCUGGGCCUGAUGAAGGUGGACAUGGUGAACUUCACCGUGCAGAGCCUGCGGCCACACCUCCUUCAGCAGGCCGUCCAAUACGAGCGCGCCAAGUUCCAGGAGCUCCUGGACAAGAAGCAAGUCUCCUUGGACAAUACCACUGCCUGGCUGCAGAGGGCAGUGUUGGGCAGUUCCCCAGUGGGCUCCAGCAGCGAGAGCCCAGAGCAAGAUGUGACCAAACCCACAGUCCACAGUCCCAGCCCAGUCAGUCCUAGUGCCGUGCUGAACCGGGCCUACUUCCUCCUGCUGAGCUGGGAUCCUGAAAGCCAGCUCUAUCCUGAGUCAGUUCUGAUGGACCAGGCCCGUUUGGAGGCUCUGGGCCAGAAACUGCACCUGCUGGUUCUGGAGGCUGCAGUACUGCUGGUGACCAGCACGCAGUGUGGUGGCGCUGUGUUCUCUGUGCCAGGGUUUGUAGGUAAUCUCAAGCAGACCAUCACAGCCCUGCUGGAGGGCUGUCACCAAAGUGGCUUUGACCAGCAGGGGGCGCUGCUGGCUCUCGGGGAGCAGGUUUAUAAGCAGGUGGACGAGGCUCUGAGUGCCCAGGGAGGGGUGACUCUGACCCCAGGAGUGGAGACCCUGCUGAAGGGACAGAUUUCAGGCCUGGCCCAGGACCACAACCCUGUCCGGAGCCUUAUAGGGUCCCGUGUCCAGAGCUACCUGCUCGCAGUGCUGGGAGCUCCCGAUUCUCAGAGGGGGCCGGCGGUGCCCCCCGCCCUCGUGGUGGUGGCCCCCGAGCUGAAGGAGCUGGCUGGGGCGUUCAGGAGCGUCGUGAACUUCAACCGCAUGGUCUUCGGCCCUCACUACUCCUCCAUCUUGAAGAAGCUGCUCUUCUCAGGGGGAGGAGCUGAGAUGGGCGUGGACUCCCGUUAGCCCCGCCCCCACACUGACAGACAGCUACUGACACCAGUCACCGACAGACUGUAAACAUAUUGCUCCAAAUGAGGGUGUAUUCUUAGUAGUGUGUUUGGAUCUGUACCGUACAGUGUGGCUGUAUUCAUACUGCCCAACUGGUGGUCUGUUCUGCCUGUUCAUUCCUGUCCCCUUUUGAUGAAACAAGCAUUAACCAAUGAUGUGAUGCACAUUUUUGAGCAAAGGCAUGUACAGAUUUAAAAAUUGGUAACCAUUUAAAAUGGUUCAAGCACAGUACAUAAGAUUAAUUUAGUUGUCGGUUAAAUGGUGAAUCAUGAAUUCUAUACACAGUUCAGUUUUUAUAUUCAGAUGUAAAAUGGUUGUCAGUUAUAUAAUCAAUACGUAAUUUUCUAUUUGACUGUUUACUGGGUGUAUGUUUUCUUUUGGGAAGAAUUGGCUGUUUUUAUUUUUAUUUUUUGCAGUUUGAGCAGACAUUGUGAUUGCUUUGUAUAUUUGCAGUUACCACUAUAUUUUCCUUUCAGACUGGUUGAGAUGUGGGUGCUUGUGUGUGUGUGUGUGUGUGUGUGUGUAAGAGUAGCACUUAUGUAUAUAUUUUAGAGCACUUACCAAAGAUUAUGCACAUGUGUAAAUCUAUGUACAAGUAAAGGUGUACUUCAGAAAUGUACUGCAUAUGAUGUGAUGUCAUAAAUAUUAUAUAUCAUGAAUA